UAUUCCAGCAGCUAAUUGUAUAAAGUGACGGGAGGCUGGUGACUGCCUUCACUACUUCAAAUAGUCUGCAUGAGAUUAGAGGGGAUCAGUCUCCUUAGGAUCUCACAUAGAGCUUGCAAUCAAUCUCUCCUGUCCGGAUGGAUAUCCUCCCUGUACAGAGAUCAGCUCACUGGUAACAGCACAUAGGCCCUGGAGAUCAAUAGAAAGUGACAUUGUGACAGUGCACAGCUUCAUUAUGAUCACAGGUCACACUGCAAGAGAGGGAUCUGUACUGAUCACUAUAUAUUAUUCUGGGUAUCUGCCAGGCAUGCAAAUCAAAUGUCAUGCAGUCAUAAAUCAUGUUCUUAGGCUUUUAUUAUGCACAAUCUCUGAACUGCCACUUUUGUCUGGUAUGCAUGCUGUGUGAUCUAUUAAGUUUGUAAUAGUUAACUCAGGUGCUGUUGGUUUGUGUGUAAGAGGAGACUGGCAGCACAAGGCUCUGAUGUCGCACACAGGAGCUGUCACCCUGCACUAGACCUCUGCACCUCCCACCCUACAUGGACCAAUAAGAUCUGCCUUGAUGCAUGCAUUGUUAUUCAUCAGAACACCGGCCAAUCACAGAUGGAAUUCCAUUGUAACCAAACAGGCUAAGUUGAAGAGCCUGGAGAGAGGACUUACAAUCAAAGAGAAGGAUCUUACCUAGGGUACAAGGACUGGACCACUGCAUCCAUUCAUCAUUCACUAGAGAGAUGAUUGAAGAAUCACAAAUAAAGGACUGCCUGAAAUUAUAAGUACCUGCUUGGAAGGCCAACAAAAAAAGCUACAGGAACAAAUAAAUGUUCUGGAGAUGGAGAAGGGGACUUCUUUGGGACUUUGUCACUUGUGUGUCCUCCUGACCCUAUUCAUGGUGAUCUUCCCCUGCUCGCAUGGAAACUGGAUGUGGCUUGGUGUUACAUCUUUUGGUGUUCCAGAGAAGUUGGGUUGUUCCAACCUUCCUCUAAGUGCCCGACAGAAAGACAUGUGUAAGAAGAAGCCAUACUUGUUAUCAUCCAUCCGGGAGGGAGCCAGACUAGGAAUUCAAGAGUGUAGGAACCAAUUCAAGCAUGAAAGAUGGAACUGCUCUAUUGCACCAGCUUUAUAUACUACUAGUUCUUCCUUGUCCCUUUCUUUUCUGUCAUCAUCAUUAGCAUCAGCUCAUUCAAUCUUCGGCUAUGAGUUAACCAGUGGUACCAAGGAAACAGCAUUCAUCUCAGCAGUGACAGCGGCAGGUCUGGUGCAUUCUGUGACCCGGUCGUGCAGUGCUGGCAAUAUGACGGAAUGCUCAUGUGACACAAGUCUUCAGAAUGGUGGCUCAGCCAGUGAAGGCUGGCACUGGGGAGGAUGUUCAGAUGAUCUGCAUUAUGGAAUGUGGUUCAGCAGGAAAUUCCUGGAUGCCCCUUAUAAAAACUCUUCUGAGUCCGAUAUACUUAGUGCAAUGCACCUACAUAAUAAUGAAGCUGGGAGAGUGGCAGUGGCUAAGCUUAUGACAGUGGAUUGUCGCUGUCAUGGAGUCUCUGGGUCCUGUGCUGUAAAAACUUGCUGGAAAUCCAUGUCUUCAUUUGAAAAGAUUGGCAAUUACCUGAAGGAUAAAUAUGAGAACAGUAUCCAGAUAUCCGACAGACUGAAACGAAAGGUUCGAAGGAAAGAGAAGAACCAUCGAAAGAUUCCCAUCAGAAAAGAGGAUCUUGUGUAUACCAAUCGUUCCCCAAACUACUGCGUGGAAGACCAGAAAUUGGGCAUUUCAGGAACUCAUGGGAGGGAAUGUAAUCGUACUUCUGAGGGAGCGGAUGGCUGUAAUUUACUCUGCUGUGGGCGAGGAUAUAACACACAUGUAGUUAGACAUGUAGAAAGAUGUGAGUGUAAAUUUGUGUGGUGCUGCUAUGUGCGCUGUAGGCGAUGUGAGAGUAUGACAGAUGUCCACACCUGCAAAUAAGGAUUAUGAGACAGACUCAGAGAAAGCCGAACGCCUUAAGACAAUCUAUACAGUGAUAAAACUCAUGUGCUAUAAAGACUGAUAAUUUUGUUGGUCACUGCUGAAAAUAAUCAUUAUAGCAUAGAAUUGGGCCUAUAGUUAGAGCACUUUUGGGUCAGUGGAAAAUAGUCUAAUUUAAUGGAGCAGAAACUAGAGCAAUUGAUAAUCUACUGCAAUUUUCUUUGUUCUUAGCUCAGGUAUAAGUUAUGCACUGCAUAUGCAUAGGCUUUUAAAUAUCCCUGGAAUUGGAUAUAUGCAUGUUAGGAGACAGCAUCUCUUCAAAUCUCCGAUAUGAAAUGUUUGCAGAUUGGCAACAUUAGCCAAUUUAUAUUUUGAUGGGUAGAAAAUAAAUGCUGGUUUCCUGCAAGGUUGUAAAAAAUACCAGUUUCCAGGUAUAGUUCUAUAUGGGGCUAAGUGCGCCCAUAAACAAGGAUUGGUCAAAAAAUUUCCAACCAAGACACUGUAACCCAUAGCCGGUUUCUGCAAGGAUCAACCAAAUGAAUCAAAAACUAAGUAUAUCCAUUAGCAGAGGUUUUGUUCUACAAGGACUGAUUAGCCCAUUUGUGAUUGCAGUAACUAUUUUUUACAUUUUAAACUAUUCUUUACCACAAACAUAGCUUGGGGUUCUAAACAUAAAGUCUAGAACCUGAUUCAGCAUACAACAAAGCCAUAUACAGUAUGAGUACAUCAAGUACACAGCAAAGCAGCUGUGCAAAAUUUGUGGUGCCCUAAUGAAAAUGUGUUAAAAUCAGCUACAUCGAUAUUAGUUUUGCCACCACUGAUGCUGGAAUAACCAAUAUGUUCAAUAUCCAAUAACACUGGUUUUAAAUCUUCAGAUCCAUUGCUAACAUCAAUGGACAAUUUUUCAGUGGAAUGCUGGAAUAGUCAAAUUAUAGUAUUCGCUCAGGAUUAUUUGUCUUAAAGUGCCAUUAUACCUGUAGAAAAUGCCACCUAUGCUGUUUAGAGCAGCAGACCAUAACUGAAUAGGAGAAUAUCAGAUUGAUUAGGUCGGUGUUUCCCAACCUUUUUCAGCACCCUUUACAUUUCCACACAAUGUCAGGGCACCCCAUUACAAAAUUUAAAGGAUGAAACAAAUAGAUUUACAUAACAAAGCAACAUCCAAAUAUGUAGGACAUCCAACAUUAGAGGUGAUUUAUUUUUACAAAACAAAUAUACCUUUGUACACUGGUACGGACUAGUAUUUCAGAAUU